AUGGCGCAUCCUAAAGUUUUCUUCGACAUGACAAUCGGUGGACAACCGGCGGGAAAGAUCGUAAUGGAGCUGUACACCGACAAGACCCCGAAGACGGCGGAGAAUUUCCGAGCUCUUUGCACCGGCGAGAAGGGCGUUGGAAGAAGCGGCAAGCCACUCCACUUCAAGGGAUCUUCGUUUCACCGUGUGAUCCCUAAUUUCAUGUGUCAGGGAGGAGAUUUCACCAAAGGAAACGGAACCGGAGGUGAGUCGAUCUACGGUGAGAAAUUCGAGGACGAGAAUUUCGAGAGGAAUCAUACAGGUCCAGGAAUAUUGUCCAUGGCUAAUGCUGGUGCUAACACUAACGGAUCUCAGUUCUUCAUCUGCACCGUGAAGACUGACUGGCUUGAUGGGAAACACGUCGUGUUUGGUCAGGUUAUCGAUGGCUUGGACGUUGUGAAGGCCAUUGAGAAGAUCGGAUCUGCUUCUGGAAAGCCGACGAAGCCAGUCGUUGUGGCCGAUUGUGGUGAGAUCUCUUAG